AACCACCAGCUUGUGAUGUCUGGUGUUGGGUAGAUCAACUGCUCUUCAACCCGGCGUUUUCUUCCCAGUCGCCCAUCAUGGUCCGGAAACUGAACUGGUCCGAGUCGAAGCUGCUGAAAAAGGCAGACUUCAUCACCUACAAAUCCGAUAAUGAUCAUCGCGAUGCCGCUGUCAGGCGGAGAUAUAUGAUUCAGAAGCCCCAGGACUACCACAAGUAUAACAGGAUAUGUGGCUCCAUUCGCCAGCUAGCGCAUCGAUUGUCUCUCCUCUCCCCCGAAAGCGCCGUCCGCCAGAAACAUGAGAAGCUUCUCCUCGACAAGCUCUACGACAUGGGCAUAUUGUCUACCACUAGCAAGCUCUCUGCCGUUGAGCACGGAGCUACCGUUUCCGCCAUGGCGAGGAGGAGGUUGCCUGUUGUCAUGACGAGGUUACACAUGGCGCCUUCGGUGCAAGCGGCGACGAAGCUGAUCGAGCAAGGACACGUCAGAGUUGGCACAGAGACCAUUACAGAUCCAAGUUUCUUCGUGACCAGGAAUAUGGAGGACCUGGUGACUUGGGCACCUGGAAGCAAGAUCAAGAAGACUAUCAUGAAGUACCGCGACAAGCUGGACGAUUUCGAACUGUUAUGAGCGACUUUUUUGGGGUGGGCUGCUGUGGGAGAAUAUAUCAUGCUUGUCUUCAAACGAAACCGGCCUAUGUUUCUUGAUUUCUUGCGAAGAACAUUCUCGACUUUCCGGCUUCUUAACGACAACAUACUGGAGACCGAGGCUCGGGCUAUAUGAACGUGCCACGAGGUAUCCAGUAAUUACCUGCGAAUGGCGUCAAAGGCUAUCAAGGCCAAACUCUUUCGAAUGAGGUCAUUCAUGGAUCUCAACAUGUACAUGUUUGAAUGAGUGGGAAGAUGGAUAGAACAGAAACCAUUUCACUUCCUUCACGAUCCUCAGUCGCC